GUGAAGAGCAAGCUAGAGAGAUGUCUACGUUGCCGGGCUUCCUGUCCGUGAAGGUGCUGCGAGGGGUAAACCUUGUCAGCCGUGAUGCAAAUGGUAGCGAUCCCUAUGUUGUGCUCGACCUGGACGGCCAGAAACUGAAGACAGGUGUGAUGAAGAAGACGGUUAACCCAGUCUGGAACGAGGAUCUGACCUUAGCUGUCAAGAACGCAUCAACGCCCAUCAAGCUAGAGGUCUUCGACAAGGACACCUUCAGCAAAGACGACCAGAUGGGCGACGCGGAGUUCGACAUCGAGGCGCUGAUGCAGAUCAUCCAGAUGGACCUGGAGGACAUCCGCAGCGGCACGGUGGUCCGCACCGUGCGCCCCGGCAGCCACUGCUGCCUGGCGGACGAGAGCCACAUCAUGUGGGAGAACGGCCAGGUGGUGCAGGACCUCCUGCUCAAGCUCAGGAAUGUCGAGACCGGCGUCGUGCACCUGCAGCUCAGAUGGGUCAACAUCCCAGGCUGA